AUGACGGCACGCAAGGUGCUGUUUCUUGGGCCGCCUCAAGGUCGAGUACGGGCUAUGGUGGAAAAGACUGUAGCUAUCAAUGAAAAAUAUGGACCCUUUGCAGCGGCCUUUAUCGUGGGUGAUGUGUUUUCGCCACAAAAAGAGCCAGGCGAGGACGAACGUGCGCUUUUGGACGGAUCCUUGCACAUGCCGAUGCCCACCUACUUUUUUCACGGGACGAGUAUGCCAUCAUAUCUUGCAUCACAUAUCCAUGAAAAGUGUCCUGAUCACUGUGGCAUUGCAUGCAUGGCGCCCAAUUUGUACUACCUAGGCAGUGCAGGCGUGGCCUUGAUCCAGGGUUGGCGUGUGGCGUUUUGCGGUGGCGUCUGGGCAGCCGAUGCGGAUCCGAUGCAAUGGCGCAAGCCUACCGGUACGGAUGAUACUAUGCCUGAUACGUGGUCUACAUGGGAUGCGCUCGACUCGUCCGCAGCUUCUGAAGCUGCUCUACAGUCCCUUCUUCGACACCCGUUUCUUGCGUUGGGCGAGGCUUGUGCACCAGAGCCGCCUCGUGAUCCAGAGAGUCUACAGCAGGUACGCGCGUGGCAAUACGCGCAAGGUGCCUUUGAGUUCCAGCAGGAGCAAGAUGUGCAAGCUCUAGGAAAGCGUCGAGCCAUCGACUUUUUGCUCACGAAUGCAUGGCCGCGGGGGGUCGAUAUGCUGUCGGGCGUGCCGCUGGACGAGUCUAUACGAGCCACCGGACUCGCUCCGAUAGCACGCCUCGCUGAGGCAUGCAGACCGCGAUACCAUAUUGCUCAUGUGCAGCCGUCCAUCGCCACGACGGACGGCGUGUUUUGGGAACGUGAGCCGUACGAAAACUGGCCUUUCGUCAAGAUGCCGCCGCCGACGAUACCAUCCAUCACGCGAUUUGUAUCGCUGGCUCAUGCUGCUAAUAGCAGCAAGCAACGAUGGUUUCUGGCUUUGCAAGUCGUGCCCAGUGACGAGUUGCUAGCCAGCUCGGAUACGCAUCACUAUGCACCGACUCAUACUACGCCUGCACCACUAUGGCAAGAACGACCGGCGAAGGUCAUACCGCCUAAGCGUGCGCCAAUAGAAGAUUUUCCUGCACCACGACGCAAGCGGCGACAAAAGGGGCGAGAGCCGAUUGAGCCAUCGAGCUGUUGGUUUUGCCUCAGUAAUCCGGCGGUGGAGAAGCACCUGAUUGUGACCAUUGGCACGGAAUGUUAUCUUGCUUUGCCAAAGGGUCAACUACCUGUAUCAUCUGAUGCAUCGGCUCUCGUGCCGGGCGGGGGACAUGUCUUGAUUGUGCCCAUCGCGCACACGCCAUCCUUGCACGCGUCCGAGGCAGCUGCAUCUAGUGGCGCUUUGCGUGCUGAACUGGCCCAAUGGAAACGUGCCUUGGCCGAAUGCUAUGCCUCCUUUGAAGCCGUGCCUGUGACCUGGGAGAUCGUGCGUCGUGCGUCGCGUGUAGCGCAUGCGCAUGUACAAGUUGUGCCGCUAGCACGAGAGCUGCAGGCCGAUUAUGCAGCCUACGUACGCGAGGCAGCGGAACGCGAAGGCUGGCGCUGGGAAUCGGAGGACGUGACAGCUGCUUGGACAUCAGAGUGUACACAAGAUCGUUCCGACUACUUUUACAUGACUAUCGGCGACAUACGCCUGCUUCUGCUACUGGACGGCGAGCGAUUCAACAUGCAGUUUGCCCGCGAGACUCUGGCAUCGUUCCUGGGUAUGCCGGAGCGUGCAGAUUGGCACGCAUGCGUCCAGAAUCCAGAAAUUGAGAGGGCUGAGCGCGACGAGUUUAAGGAUGCGCUGGCCGAGUUUGCCGCGCACGUCGUGUCCGAUGCCUAG